AUGUCGCCGUCCUCGGAUUCGGCGCUGCCUCUGCACGAUGUGCAUACUCCGAGGUCUCAGUCACAGUCACCGUACCCUGCACAACAGGCGUUAAGGGCUCAAGUGUCUUCUUCAGUCACUUCCACGUAUGCGCUUCUCGAGCCUCAACAAGUCGCAGAUCGUCUCAACACAUCCUCUACACAUGGCCUCCCCCCGGCCGAGGCUGAAGUCCGGUUACAUCAAGAUGGACCUAAUGAAUUACCGUACGAAGAGCCUGAGCCCUUGUGGCUUAGGUUCCUGAAGCAGUUCAAGGAGACUUUGAUUCUGCUCCUGCUAGCUUCCGCCGGGAUAUCUUUCUUUAUGGGAAAUUUCGACGACGCUGUCAGCAUCACACUUGCAGUGACUAUUGUGGUGACAGUCGGUUUCGUUCAGGAAUAUCGCUCGGAGAAAUCUUUAGAGGCAUUAAAUCGGCUCGUUCCUCACUAUGCGCAUCUUAUCCGAGAUGUUGCCCCUGGAAGCAACGCGGAAUACGGGGCUUCAGGAACAUCAAUCGACGAGAUAGAUCAACAGAAAGUACAUGCGGAGACCCCAGCUGUUAUAUCGAAUGCUGUUAAGGCUUCCAGUACGGUCCCGGCCGCACAUUUAGUUCCUGGUGAUUUGGUUUUGUUUACCACGGGUGAUCGCAUACCCGCUGAUAUUCGAAUUACGUCGGCUGCUGACCUGUCGAUUGACGAAUCCAACUUGACCGGAGAAAACGAACCAGUUGUCAAGUUUUCCGAGGUAUUAAAGGGUCAUGCAGAUAGUUACAAGGAACAGUCGUCAGAAUCUCCAUUCUACGGAUCCCAAGCUGCAGAAGGAGCCAGAACCAACGUGCGCCUCAGUGAGCAACACAACAUUGCCUUCAUGGGAACAUUGGUGCGUUCAGGAUAUGGCCAAGGCAUCGUGAUUGCCACUGGUGCGAAUACCGAAUUUGGACGUAUUUCUACAUCACUUCAAGAGAUCGAAAGCCCGAGAACCCCGCUGCAGUUAUCAAUGGAUCGCCUAGGACAGGAACUCAGCUAUGUCUCCUUCGGCGUGAUUGGCUUGAUCGUUGUUAUUGGUCUCAUUCAGGGACGACAGCUUCUUGAAAUGUUUACUAUUGGUGUGUCUCUUGCCGUUGCAGCCAUACCCGAGGGUCUCCCGAUUAUUGUUACCGUUACGCUUGCAUUGGGAGUUUUGCGCAUGGCUAAGAGAGGCGCGAUCAUGAGGAGACUACCGAGUGUCGAGACAUUGGGCUCCGUAAAUGUCAUUUGUAGCGACAAGACCGGAACGUUGACUAUGAGCCAUAUGACGGUCACAAAAUUGUGGCACCAUGACUGCCCUAAGCCUUUUGAAGUGAAAGAUAACAAUGUACCUGCAAUGCCAAUGCCAGGACCAGCGGUGCAAAAGAUCCUCCGAAUUGGAAACAUAGCCAAUAACGCACGGCUUUCACGUGCCCAUGCCAAUUCUCCAGCAAGCGCGUCCUCUGCUGCCGUGCUCUCAUCAACCCUCGAUAGCUCAUCUGAUCAUAUCAAGAGUAGAUGGGUUGGUCAACCAACAGAUGUUGCUGUCCUUGACCUCCUCGAUGCCUUUGGUGAAGAUGAUAUCCGCGAUCAACUCAGUGCUCGUGUGGCUGAGACACCAUUUAGCUCUGAAAAGAAAUGGAUGGGGGUAAUUAUCGGAGGUUCUGCUUCAGGUGAUACUAAUAUGGCGUACGUAAAGGGCGCUUUGGAGCAGGUUCUCGCUCGAUGCGAUACAUACUUGACCAAAGACGGUCGAGAAGUAAUUCUAGACGAACUACGACGGAAAGAAGCUCGAGAAGCAGCUGAACAAAUGGCCUCGGAAGGCCUGCGUGUUAUAGCAUUUGCCAGUGGACCCAUCAGAGAACCAGGAAGACAUACUCGAAGACUGGGCAGUCGGAGCGCAACACCAUCGCCCAAAAUCGGCGAAGCAAACGAUGACGAGCAAUUCAACGGCCUUGUUUUUGCAGGACUAGUCGGCAUGAACGAUCCUCCUCGCAAGGAUGUUCGCAAGUCCAUACAGAGACUCCUUACUGGCCGUGUCAGAGUGCUCAUGAUCACAGGCGACGCCGAAACCACCGCGAUAGCUAUCGCCCGACAACUAGGUAUAAUCGUGAACGACACCCCAGAUGGACGCUCCGUCUUACGCGGAGACCAAAUCGACCAUAUGACCACUGGCGAACUAUCCGAGGCAAUCGCCCGAACAACAAUCUUCGCCCGCACGAGCCCCGAUCACAAACACAAAAUCGUACGAGCCCUCCAAGCCCGGGGAGACGUCGUAGCCAUGACUGGCGACGGGGUCAACGAUGCGCCAGCUCUUAAACGAGCCGAUAUUGGCAUCGCCAUGGGCCGACUUGGCACCGACGUAGCCAAAGAAGCUGCCGACAUGAUCCUCACUGACGACAACUUCUCCACCAUCCUCCAGGCAAUCGAGCAAGGAAAGGGCAUAUUCUACAACAUCCAAAACUUCAUCACCUUCCAACUCAGCACCAGCGUCGCCGCGCUCGGCUUGGUCCUACUCAGCACAAUCAUGGGCCUCCACAACCCGCUCAACGCCAUGCAAAUCCUCUGGAUCAACAUUAUCAUGGACGGACCACCCGCCCAAUCCCUCGGCGUCGAACCCGUCGACCCAGCCGUCAUGAACAGCCCUCCACGGCCCAAACACGCACGCGUGCUCACAAAGCCCCUCAUCCAACGCGUCCUCACCCAAGCCGGCGUGAUCAUGCUCGGCACCCUGAUCAUCUACAUUCACGAGAUGAGCGACGUUGACGACACGCUCAACCCCGGCCACAUGUCGCGCGUCGUCACCAAUCACGACACAACCAUGACCUUCACCUGCUUCGUGCUCUUCGACAUGUUCAACGCGCUGACGUGCCGCAGCGAAUCCAAGUCCAUCCUACGCGGCGAGAUCAGCGUCCUCGGAAAUAAAAUGUUCAACUACGCCGUCUUCGGCUCGCUGAUCGGCCAGCUCGGUGUCAUAUACCUGCCCGUCCUGCAAUCAAUCUUUCAAACCGAAGCCCUCAAGUUCACGGAUCUGGUUAAGUUGAUUGUGCUGGCUAGCUCGGUGUUUUGGGUCGAUGAGGGGAGGAAGUAUUAUAAGAUGUUGAAGCGGCGGCAGAGUCCAGGGCCGAUGUACAGCCAUAAUGUGUGA